AUGAUGCCUUCGUCAAAUGUUUACGUUGGCGAUUCGGAUGUUUUGUACUCGGAACAUGAUAGCAAACGAGAGAAGGAUGUUUUCGAGCUUCAAAUAUUUUUUAUGAAGUUUAUGGGUCAAGUGCCAGUGCAGUUGGACCGACACCUGCCCUCCAGUUGGAAGAACAUCGCCAACGCCUUGGCCAAGGGCUACUGCAUAUUUUGUGUUGUUUCAAAUUUGCAUUUGGCGCUCCUGUACGUAAAGACAACAUUUGAUAUGCUGCAAAAUGGUGAACUAGAAGAGAUUACGGAUGCAUUGACCAUGGUUAUUAUAUUUUCCUUCUCGACCUACGCAACCUGUUACUGGUUUUUUAAGUCUGGGACGCUGAAGAGAUUUAUUGCCGACAUAAAUACCAACUAUCGGCAUCACUCGAUGGCUGGCCUGACUUUUGUCAGCGCCCAUUAUUCGAUUCGUCUGGCCCACAAAGUGACUUUGUAUUGGCUUAUUGCUUGCAAUGUUGGAGUAAUUUGUUGGGCAUUAGCACCUCUUUUGCUGCGCUCCCACACACUGCCGCUUCGUUGUUGGUAUCCCUUCGAUGCUUUGAAGCCCAGAGUUUACGAAAUCGUGUAUGCCACCCAACUGUGGUGUCAAAUUCUAAUGGGUUGCAUUUUUGGCAAUGGUUCAGCCCUUUUUGUGUCGGUGGUUUUAAUAAUGCUGGGUCAAUUCGACGUCCUCUAUUGCAGCCUAAAGAACGUGGAUUAUAAUGCACAACUGUUAACAGGGGAAGAUCUCAAUGAAUUGCGCAAACUGCAAUGGGACCUACCAAGGCGCGAAGAUAACGAAUUGAAUCAGUAUGCCCUUCUGGAGGAACAUUUAACGAAUUUAAAAGCUCUUAAGGCAUCGAAACCGAAUUGCCGACCCAACCUAAAGGAUGCGCUACAUAGCUCUCUUGUCGAGUGCGUUCUUUUGCACCAAUUUAUUCUGAGGAGUUGCGAUACUUUGGAGGAACUGUUCAGUCCAUAUUGCCUUAUCAAAUCACUUCAGAUUACUCUCCAGCUGUGCCUACUGGCAUUUGUGGGUGUGGCGGGUGAACGUUCCACCAUGAGAAUCAUCAACUUGGUUCAGUACCUGGCGCUGACCCUACCGGAACUGCUUAUGUUUACAUAUUGCGGCGAACUGCUCAGCAGCCACAGCAUUCGUGUUGGCGAAGCAUUCUGGCGUUCUCAGUGGUGGUCCAACGGUCAUCUCGUCAAGCGGGAUAUUUUAAUAUUUCUAGUCAACAGCAAGCGAAUUGUAACUGUCACAGCCGGUAAAUUUUAUCGUAUGGAUGUGCAGAGACUUCGUUCGGUAAUAACGCAGGCCUUCUCGUUCCUUACAUUACUGCAAAAGUUGGCAGAAAAGAACCAAUAA